AUGCCUCAAGAUGCUCAACAGCAGAGGCUACCGGCCGAGAUGGUAGGCAGAGGCCGAGGCAGAGGUCAGGCUGCCAGAAAAAAGAAAAAACAUACACUGGUUUCCACAGUCUCCGGUAUUCUUCAAAAGGCCAAACGUCGCAGCCACCAGUCGCAAUCUUUAUCCGAUCCGGAACAAUCUGAAACCGAGUGGAGCAGUGGUAGACAGAGCGGUCUGUCAGAGGACGAAGAUAGUGUUAUAUCUGAUAUCGUUCAAGAACCGCCUUUCUUUGCCAAAGUAAAAACUGCAAGUAUGAAAAAAAAGCAACCGCCGCCGCAGCAGAUGACGGCGCAACAGCAACAGAUGAUGGCACAACAGCAGAUGAUUGCGCAACAACAGCAGAUUCAAACACAACAAAAGGAAUAUAUACAACAGCAACAGCAUCAGGCGCUUCAGCAGCAGAUGCUUCAACAACAGCAAAUGCUUCAACAGCAACAAGCGCUUCAGCAGCAGCAAGCGCUUCAGCAGCAGCAAACACUCCAGCAGCAACACCAAGUGCUUCAACAACAAAUUCAACAACAUCAAGAGCAAUUACAUCAACAAGCUCUUCAGGAUACGUGGACCAAAGAGAAAGAACAGAGAAAAAUCGAGGUUAAUGAACAUGAUGUAAACGAGCAAUUGGGCAUGCUCGAGGAAGAAGCUUCAGGCAAGAGUACCGGUUCGGGAUCCGGUGGAUCAUCGAUCUUCCAAACAGUUGGCGAUAUUAAAAGGUCGACAGGCAGUUCGGACGAGGCGCCUAAUGAAAAAGCACCGAAACUCCCUCCCGUUACUUUGAUCGGUGGCUCGAGCAUGGAAUUUGCCGUGUCUCGAGCACUCGGAAAGUAUCGUCAACGGCAAUCUUCAACAGUAUCUGAUGAGCAACCAGUGAGCGAUGAAAUUAAUAAUGAAAAGAAGACCAUUGAGGAAAGUCCGGCUCAGACUUUGGAAACGAGCUUCGAAUAUCCAGAGGAUGUAUCGGAGAAGAGCAAGAAAUCAGGUAACGCGAGAUUGCCAGAACUUGUUACCAGUCUGUCGGAGGAAGCUCCGCCGUCGGAAGGUAGCCCGUCAGCAUCUAGCAUGAGAGGUUAUAGCACAGGAGGUACACGGUUUCUUCCGCGCCACCAACAGUCUUUGGAGAUUCCCUGGACUGGUUCGCGGCCGGGAGAACCCGAUGAGGAUAAUCGCAGUACGCAUUCGUACAGGAGCACAUCGAGAGUGUCCUCGAGGCGACAGAGUACCGAGGACUCAAUCGAUUCCGAGGACGAAUGGUAUUGUUACGAACUGAGAAAACUCGAAGAAUUAGAGAGGCAGUCUGAAAUGGAGAUGACUGAAGUGCUGAUCGAGGAACCCGAAGACGAAGCUUUUCAACCGGACGAGACAGUGAAAGAAAAGAUGUCAUUCGUACUGAAAGAGCUUAAACUCAAAGCUAUCACAAAGCCGAAGAAUCAGAGGAAGGAGGAAAAAGAAGAAAUACGAACUACUAGAAUGAACGGUACGGUUAUCAAAGAGCAUCGCUUCGACGAGAACGAUAGUAGAUAUCGCGAUGAGAAACCUAUUCCGAAGCGAAAGUCUGCGGAAAGCGUGGAGGCUGUGUUUGCCAGAGUAACCGAUUAUCAUACAUGGGCGCACGAGAUAGAAGCCAAGAAGGAAAAGGCUCCACCGUCCACGGAGGAAGGUUCAUCCGGCGAGACAUCCGGUCCGGACAGUCCCGGACAGUCAAUGGACGAGGAAGAGGAGGAGGAGCUGCCGAAGGACCUUGAAGAACAGCAGUCGCGACGAAGUUCCAACGGUUCGACGCUACGUCACAGCGAGAAGAUGCCGCAGGGCUCGGAUUCCCUAUCCCGCGAAGGUAGCGUAAGUGUACCACCUAGCGAAGUGUCGGUCAGCAUCCCGGGAGCUUGGGAUUCUGAAAGCACUGUCCUUGAAGGCCUCGAGCGCGACGGAGCCGGUAGCGCCGAGACGGCUACCACGGCGACCUUGAGUCUACCGAAGAUCAAGAUCGACUCCUCGUCCUGCGGAAGCUCGGACACGACAUUGAAGGAGGGCCAGGUGAGUCCUGGCCCGCCCGGGUCCAAGUGGAAGCUGCUCAAGGCCUUGAAGGAACGUAAGGCCGAGGAGAAGCUCAAGGAGGUCGAAGAGGCCUCUAAGGAAAACGCUAUCUCGCAGGGACCCACGGCAGUGAGUAUCAUGAUCAAGUGAGGACACGAAAAUCUCUGUAAAGCGUACUCGAGAUUCGGAGGUUGGGUAAAAUUAUGAAUUAAUAUAUUUACAUCACUUUUCGCGCAUUACUUUUGCGAUCGGUAUCGAUGUUUCAUUUGAUGCUCCGAUAUUGAUCAAGUCUGAAUUCGUAUUUUAUUUUCUCAAUAAUAUAUUUGCGUAUAUCGAAAACGAGCCUUUCAUCUACAAUGUCGGUAUUUUAGAGCCUCGCCCAGUUUGACGAUUGACGUAUAUAUUCUCGACAAUUGAUUCUUCGCGUGCUUCAAUUUUAUUAUGUGGCACAUAUUUCGAAUGUCGAGUGCGUUGGUACGUCGACCGACUGUAAAACAAGCGAGAUACUGUAAAC